UUUGUUGGAUCUGCUGUCCAAACGAAUGCAACAUUGUUGGGCUACUCUUCAUUGACCGCGAAACAAAAGAAAUGUUGGGACUUGUUGGCUCGAACGUUUGACGAGUUUUAAACUUCACCCAACAACAUCCAACAAUGUCCAACAAGUCCCAACAACACGCAACAUGGUGUUCAAACGCUCCCAAUCUGUUGGGCCCAACAAUUCAAUGUUGGAUGUUGUUGGCCAACAAUGUUGCGCUCGUUUGCUCGGGCCUUAAUGAUUGUGGAGUCAAUUACGGAAAAAAUACCAGAUAGCUCCACAAACAAAUCAUAAAGUGGAAAUUAAUUUAGUAGAACUAUUUUUAAAAUGGAAAUAAGCUUGAUUUUCCAUGCCCGACUCUCCUUCUCCUUCUCCUUCUCCUUGCCCUCCUCCAUCUCCUUCUUCUUUUUCUUUCCUUUCCUUUUCCUUUCUUCCCUUCCUUCCUAGCCUCUUCCUUCUUUUAUUACCUAUAAUUUGGUCUUUGGAAAAACAAUUUCAGACAAAGUCCAAACGAUUUUUGAAUAGUUUUUCUCUGUGUCUAUUUAUUCAAGCAAUCCAGUCUAUCCAAAGAGUCAAUGUUAUCACACAUAAAUCACAGAUAUCUCAUUGAAUGCUUGAUUCUGUCUAGUGCACCGGUGUCUUGAAGGUCUUCGAAAAUGACAUCGUCGCCUAUUCAUACAUAUAUAACGUGUGGUUUCCAUCGACAACAGGAAGUCAAUUCCUUCGAGACAAUAAUAGUACAAAGGUAACAUACCAUAGUUGUUCAGUUAAGCGUGGGGAGAUUAUUUAUAUUCACAAUGACAUUAAUUACCAUAUUGUUCGUAAACAUCUUAAGUCACAUGAGCUAGUGCUUUUGUAGCGUGCUCAUCUGCCAUACACUCGCUCAUCCUUCAGUGGUCAACUUCAUCUUCGAAAACCUUUGCAUCCAUGCUCUAUUUUCUUUACUGGUAAAGUUGGCUAUAAAAUAACACAAGAAAUUAAGACACUUUUGCAGUUCAAUUGAAUCUUUCUACACAAACUUACAGAAAUAUGAAUUCAAAUUUAGAAUAUUUCGUAUUAGUUAUCAUGAUUUGGGCUGUAACUCUGAGUGUACCAAGAACAGCAGGACAAACCACUAUCAAGACUWCAGCCCAGGGGAGUGUGACAACARUGAGUAAGCAAACAUCUGGCUCCUCUACUUCUGCAGUUCCAGCUACGAACAUUAAARAAAGCACGUCUAAAACAACUACAACCAAACCGACUGUUUUUACGAUUAACAGCACAUCAACAUUAAUUGCUGUGACUAAAUCUACCGAAAAAACUACAGGCCAAACCACUCCCAAGACUACAGGCCAGGAGAGUKYGACAACAGUGAGUAAGCAAACAUCUGGCUCCUCUACUUCUGCAGUUCCAGCUACGGGGAACAUUAAAGAAACCACUUCUAAAACACCUACAACCAAACCGACUGUUUUGACAACAAACAACACAUCAACAAUAAUUGCUAUGACUAAAUCUACCGAAAAAACUACAGGAAAUGUGUCAAGUGUGUUACCGUCUACCAAAAAGACAUCAUCACAUUCUGCAACUCAAUCGAUCCUAAUCUCAUCUAGUAAUGAAACGUUACCAACAACCCUUACUGCGAAUAGAACAACCACUGAAAAAGCUAUAACCACUUCAACUGGCUUACCCUCAACCAAACAGACCUCAGUAACCCCUCCUACGUCAAUAGCUGCCACUAYUACAACAGAAACGACUACGACAAAGUCAGCUUCUUUGCCCUCGAGUAACCAAACAUCAUCAACAACAACUACCACGACUACAGCUACUGAAACGACAACAGCAAUCUUAAGCACAACAACCUCAUCAACAACCCAUUCUACAACUACAACUACUACUACAGUAAAAACAACAACCAGUCCAAUGACUACAGAAAAGGCUACAUCCACUUCAACAACCACCAAAAGUACCAAACAAACUACUAAAAAUGCCACAACAAUUCCUACUUACAAUCCAACCACUGCUCAAAAUAGCAAGACUUCYGCAGAAACCACAACAACAGUAAACCCAUCCGGCCAAUCAACUAGUUCCAGGCCUGCCUCUCCUUCCCUGCCCACCACAGAACAGAGCACCACAGAACGAAAAACUACCAAGAAAACAUUAACACCAACUAAGAAUAACACUCCCGUUACAAAUACACAGUCUAUCAUAGUCACGACAACAGGACAAAAAGAGCACGUGAAUGCAAAACGGUCUGGUAAAAAGUUAGGUGCAGGUCCUUUAGCAGGCCUAGUGAUUGGCRUAAUAGUAGCCAUAGUUAUAGUGGUAGUUGCAGUAAUCCUUAUCAGAAGACGAUGUUUUAGAAAAAGAAGUGGCGAUCAUGAACAACUGGUUGAUAUGGAUGAACUUUAACCAAAGAAAUGUCUGAAUGUCUAUUAAAUUCUAAUUCCAUCUUGGCUUUCACCUAUAGUUUCGAGCCUAGUUCUGUUGAUAUUCUAGUUCUGUUGAUAUAAAGCCUAAUUGAUUUUAGAUUUUUUUAGCUUUACAGAAAACGCAUCUUGCGAAAAAAGAAACAAUAUUCUACAAAAAUGGCCYUAGGCCUGAAAUGAAACAAAAUAAAAGGUUCUUUUGCUUCGUUGUUCAUCAACAUUUUGGCCGGGCAAGAAACUAGCUUGUACUGAUUUCCAAACUCGGAUGAAAUACCAACACCAACACAGCAAAGGUUAUGUUGUUAGAAUAUUAUAUGUACAUAGCUAUAUGUAGUUUAAAAUGCACAUUUUUAAUCAAGCAUUUUCCCUGAGUUCAACCGACUUGUAAUAAAAUGAAAAGUAAGUUGG